AUGUCUUCUUUUGAUCAAGACCUUAUCUUGGUGUUUGCCGCAGCCGGCAAGCAGACCCGUCCGCUCGUACCCCUCCUGGCGAAGAACUUCAAGAAUCUCCGCCUCGUCGUCAAUAGCGAAGCUUCUCAACAGAAGUUGCGCUCCCAAUUUCCGGAAGCGGACGUUGUUCGUGCGGACCAAAGCGACCCCAGAGCUGUGCGCGAGGUCUUUCGAGGUGUCACCGCCGUAUACUACGUUGGCCCGAGCAUGCACCAUCAAGAAACCCAGAAUGGGUAUCACGCGAUCGAUGCCGCUGUUGCAGAACAAGCAGAAGGCAAUUUUAAGCACUUUGUCUUUUCGUCGGUCCUCAAGCCACAACUACGCAAGCCGCUCAACCACGAUAACAAGCGCUACAUUGAAGAGUACCUCUUCGAAAGUCCGCUGAAUUAUACGGUUUUGCAGCCUUGCAACUUUUUGGCAGAGAAUUUGUACCCCAUCGCCAAAUGGAUCCAUGAAGACGAGCCUGUUCUGAGUCUUCCAUAUGAUCACAACAUCCCCAACUCACACAUCUUUCUCGAAGAUCUAGCAGAGGCCACACUCAAGGUGCUGCAGGAACGAGAGAAGCAUUAUCACUCCGAAUAUCCCCUCAGCUCAACAUACCCAAUUGCCUACAAGGAUCUCGUGCCGCCGACAGAAAAGGCCCUGGGGAAGCAGAUCAAGAUUGUCAAGUUGCCCUACCUGGAAACCGUGGAGAAGCUUGUAAAAGCAUCGUUUGGCGAAAAUUAUAAUGCAGGAAAUCUAGACGUUGCUGAGAGACUUGUACUGUGGUAUGAAAGAUACGGUCUGAACGGUUCACCCAAUGUUCUCCAGUGGCUACUUGGGAGGAAGCCGACGACGUACGAGGAGUGGCUUGAGCAACGUGUGGCGGCUGCCGAUAAUGGUAAACUAGAUGCCUAG